CACAAUGCACUCCCCGAUCAUCAGCGGGAAACCAAAAUGGCGAACGUGCUGGGGGAAAAUGAGCCGUUUGUUAUCUUCUGAAGAAGACACGAGCCCCGCAAGUUUCCGCGAUAUCCCUUGGAGAUAAUUUCAACUACAGACAAAGAAGGAUACCAGCGGCCGUUAAUAUCGAGUUAUUUUGUUAUAUGAGGCAUUUGUAGACGCGGAGGUGACCGAAUGAGAGACUCGGGGGUUGUGGACCACCUGUCUGUCCACCACAGAGCUGUCCCCCAGCGGCAGCAGCAGGCUGUGUCCUUGUCCCCCACAAGCCUCUCUGCUCGGGGAGAGUAUGGAGAGGACAGCAUGUCUGACAGGUUUACAGAGGGACAGGACGUCUUGGCCCGGUGGUCAGAUGGCUUGUUCUACUUGGGGACAAUCACCAAGAUCGAUCGGGACAAACAGAGAUGCUUUGUAGUUUUUGAGGAUCGGUCAAAGUCUUGGGUUCUGUGGAAGGAUAUUCAGACUGGGGAUGAAGAUGAUGACGAUGAUGAGGACGAUGACAUUGUGUGCUCUAUAUGCCAGGAUGAAACUUCAGACGAACCCAAUGAAAUAGUCAUUUGUGACAAGUGUGGUCAAGGCUACCAUCAGCUGUGCCACACCCCCGUCAUUGAUGCUUCUCUCAUUGACUCGGACGACAAGUGGCUCUGCUCAGAGUGCGAGCUUGCUUCCAUGCCUAAGAGGGGGGGUUCACAUAUGAGGGGAGCUUCUGCUAAAGGCUUUCUGCAACACGAGCAGCAGCAGCAACAUAUGGGGCUGCACCUGUCCUUCCCAUACAUUCUGGACGACCUGGUUUGGGACCAGGGCCACAAGACGAACCUCGAGCAGUGCUACUGCUACUGUGGGGGUCCAGGAGAUUGGUACCUGAAGAUGCUGCAGUGUAACGGGUGUCAGCAGUGGUUCCAUGAGGCGUGUCUCCAUUGCUUACAGAUGCCCAUGCUCUACGGAGACAGGUUUUAUCUGUUUAUUUGUUCCGUUUGCAAUGGAGGACCAGAGUACCUCAGCCGACUGCCUCUCAGAUGGGAGGAUGUGACGCACCUGAGCCUCUACAACUUGAGUGUGAUCCAUAAGAAGAAGUACUUUGACUCUGAGAUGGACCUGAUGACUUACAUCAAUGAUAACUGGGAGCUGCUGCAGCUGGGAGAGCUCGCCAACACUCCCAGAUCAGUGCGAUAUGAACGUGUUCUGGAGGCGUUAAACAACAACAGCAGCAUGUUCAUGUCGGGGAAGGAGGUCAAGAAAAAGAAGCACUUGUUUGGGCUAAGGAUCCGUUUCCCUCCUGCCCCUCCAAACACUGAUGAACCAACCAGCAGAGUGAUGGAGAGGGCUUCACAUGAGAUCACUAUCAAGGGAUGCAAGUCUGCCAAGGCCCUGUCUGGCACCAGAGCUUGCAGUACUUUAACCAAUGGCACAGAGAAGAAGAAGAAAAAGAAGAAAAAGAGGAAGCAAGCAGCUCGCGCUCUGGCUAAAACACAACGUAGUGAACUCUUAUCCCAGAAUGUAAGAAAGCCUCUACCACUAGAGCCCCACACAUUGGAUCACUUAACCUCCAUCAAGACUGAGAGGUCUCUGCUGUCUUCAGAUGUGGAAUCUAUAGGAGCCCUGAGCACCACAGAAACUACCUCAACUAGCAUUUCAAGACAGUCCAGCCUCUGCAGCUCCAGCAAGACGCGCACCACAGCCUGCACCAUGCCUGUUUCCGCUCCCCCCUUAAAAAGGAAACGUGGGCGACCGCGACGGGCCCUGCAGCCCCCCAACCCAGAGAUCCCCCCUCCCAGCCACGCAGACCCAAACCCCUCUGCCAUGGAGCCGCUGAGCCCGCUCCCAGGGCUUCACUCCACAGACAUAGUGCACGGCAUGGACCCCAACAGCCAGCUCUCCCACCUCAAGAGCUCCAUCAGCAGCUAUUUCGGAGCAGCUGGGCGGCUGGCCUGCGGGGAAAAGUACAAAGUCCUGGCACGACGGGUCACCCUUGACGGCAAGGUGCAGUACCUGGUGGAGUGGGAAGGAGUCACCGCCUCCUAGACCUGUCAUUGUUGUCAUCAUCACUUCUAACUUUUAACCAGCGCCUGAAGAGGUUUCUGGCUGUGCCGAGGACGUGUACACAGCCUGUAUUCACAGCAUUAAUUGUUAUAUGCCUUUUGUUAAGCGUACUGCAAAGCCUACGGGUUCAGUGCACAUUUAAACAUGUUCUCCACGUGUGUCAAAAGGUUACAGUUCAUUGAUGAACAAGACGGGGCAUUGUCAUUAUACCACAACCGAUUUGUGUUCUUUCAUUUGUUUUAAAUGUUUACAGCAAACCCCAUUUAUUCAGGGGGAAAUAACAGUGCACUGUACCUGUAGGCUUUCAGUAAAUUGUUAUUGUACUUCAUUUUUAAUCCAGUGAUAUGCUUUUCAUUUCCAGACCAGUAAUUAAGAAUUUUUUAUUUUAUUUUUUAUUUUUUUUAAAGAAUGUAGUUGGUCACGCAUUAAAUGGUUAAUCUCAGAAGAUAAGCGUGAAAAGGGGAAACGUGUUUAAAGAUUUUUCAUAAAUUUCACUCCAAUCAUGCAGUGAACUAUUGCAUAUGUUUAGUUAACAUGCAUACCAGUUUGAUGGUGAAAUAACUGUCCCUCUACAACAGUGCCCCCUUCUCUAGUCCCAUUGAUGAGUACCUCUUGGGCAGACAUAUCCUUCGGUUGUGUUUUGGAAAGUGUUCUCGUUUGUUAGCAGUUCAGGAGGAACUCGAUACAAAAGUGAUGUGCUGCUGCAAAUGUUUUAUUUUAUAAAGAAUUAUACUACGUUUAUUAUUACCUUUAACACUUGUACUUUUUUUCUUUUCUUGUUGAGCAUUUUUUUUGUCCUUUUUUAAUCAUGAAUUGCACAAAUCAGAUUAUAUCUGUUUGGCCUUCUUCUAAUUUGCAACAGAUAAAUUGAGCUUUUCAUCUCCUACAAGGCAGCAUUUUCACCCAAUCCUAAAGGAAUUCUUUAAAUCCCUUUUUAUGUUGGUCAUACUUAUAACAUUCUCAAAUUAAGUGUAAUUUCAGUGUGUAAAUGUUCAAAAGCAGAAACCUAAAAGGACUUCUAGUAAAUUGUGUCCAGAUUUUCUAAAGAAGCUCCCCUGCCUUAGUCUGAAUGCAUAAUCUUUGAAACAUUUUGAUUUAAAGUUGAUUAAAAUGUCUGUUAACUGUUGACUGAAAUCUUUAAGGACCUAUUUAGUUUUAGUUUGUCUGGUAGCUAUAAAAAAGUGCUACAUACAUUGUUGUAUACCCAGUUUCGAAGAAGGAAUUUUUGCUUUUUUUGUGCUGCCUAUGCAAGUUACUCCUGGAUAAACGUGUUAUUCAGACAUAUAUAAUUGGAUUGUGCGACUUGAAAAAGGGGAGCUUCAGCAUUAUUAUUGUGGUGAUUUGUUUUCCUUUAUAACCCCCCUUUUGGUCUAAACACUCAGGAUUUGCCCCCAAAACGUCACUGUAUUACAAAGGCCCACAUUUGCAGCAGACAGGAGGUUAAGAUAUAAGUUAUUCACUCAGUGUUGUUCGUCAGUAUUUUUAUAUCAUGCCACAUUACUUUGGACCAUGUGUAUGUAUGUAAACUUUUUGUUUUCUAUGAGCAAAAUAAUUUGUAGUCCAUUUUUACUGCUACACUUGCUUGUUUAAUCUGAGUUCGAAAACAAUCACUGGAAAACUAAUAUGCUGUAUUUCAUUGCAUGAGGUAAAUAUUCAGUCGGCUGUCUCUUAUUUGAGAUGUUUCUAUUUUUUUGUUAAAAUGGACAGAGCUUUUUGACAUUGAUACCUCUUUAUUGUAUAGAUGUAGUCAGUGGAUUUGAAGCUCCUCUCUUCUGUUCAGCCAGUGUCUCAGCCCUAGACUUUACAUGGAGAGUUUAUAUAAUCUCUACGUGCAGUCUAAGGCCUCAGCCUACAUGUUGCUGACACUGGCUUCCAGCAGGCUUCUGUAGCCAAAGAACAUACAUGUAACGUCUGCUUUGUCUCUUGAGAUUCUUCUUAUUACAUUUUUAUACGCCAUUAUAUUGGUUGACGUGUUUCUUCUGAACCUCUUUAGUUAAAUAAAUAAAAGCUGAUAUUUUGAA